AUGUACAACGUGGAUUUGCCUGUAGACCAGUCCACUGAGAAAGCAGUGGAAAGGCGAAGGUCUGCAGAGUCAGCACGAAAGGCCCGGAUUUUCAACACACACCUGCGUGUGAUGGGUCUCGACACCGAUGUUCUGAACCAACAAGUCCAGGAGAAAAAACAACAGCAAAAUAUAGAGAGACAAAGAGACAAAGCUUUUGAUAAGCUGAGAGAGUAUCACGAUGUCGCACUGCUGCAGCUGGACACUGACGACAGAGAGAAGCGAGCAGCUCUGCACACCGACCUGGUCCAGUACUGGGCCACUCAGCAGCGGGUGGAGGACUCAAGUGAUGCAGAUCUCAAGUGUGGCCUGCAGGGGGCAUUCAGGGUCCCCAUUCCAGAGCGUGAGCUGGGGCCUGCCAGUAUGCAAAUGUUUCAGGGAGAGGUUAUCGGAGAGGAGCAAGUGAGGAGAGAACAAAUGAAAGAGACAGAAAGAGAUCUACAAGCCCAGAGGGAGGACAAUGCGAGAAGGCACAUGGGAAACAAGCACAGAGAGAUGCUGGUGAGCAGAGAACUUGUGCAUCAGGACCUGAGGGGGGUUCAACAGGCAGCACUAGAGGAGGAGUGCAAGAAUGCCAUCCGCAUCGCAUACAACGACUACAACCGAGCUCUGGCUGCGGAGCAGGCAGAGAAACUGAUGGAGCAACACAGGAGAGAAGAAAGGGAGAAUCUUGCAGAGAUGAGGCACACACUGACGUCCGACAUGAUGACAGAGUGUGCCGAGGCAGCAGAGAGAAAGGUGGGAGGAGGGAAGCCACACCAGGUUCUGACUGACAGGUGGAGGGGGAUGAGCCCCGAGCAGCUCCGUGCCAUCCAGGAGGAGAGAGAGACACAGUGCCGUGAGAGACAGAGAAAGCGUGACGCUGAGAAGAUUCAUGACGCAGCGUGGGACCUUCUGCUCCUGAAGCAGUCCAGAGAGGCAGAGGAGGAGGAGGCGAGAGCGGCAGAGCUGAAGAGACAGACACGGAUUCAGAUGGAUCAGUACAACAUGCAGCUGGCCAGGGAGCAGCAGGCACAUCAGGAGUACCUGGACAAGAAGCUGUACACCAACAAACCCACCAGGGACUACUUUUAUCAAUUCAACACCAGCUCCCGCUGA